AUGAACCUCGGCGAUCAAGCGGCGGCGCCAGGUCAGAGCGAGGCGGCGAUGCCCGACUGGAAAUUCCGCGCACGUACACUCGUACGCAACUUCAUGGCCCGCACACGCGAUAGUUUUGAGGACGAGCCGGAGUGGGAGAGCCUCACAGACCUCAUGACUGAGCUCAAACGAACCAUCUGGGGCGUGCGGCGCCCAGCCCCGCUGACUCAGCACAGCGUCGCAGGGCCUGUCGUUACCUACUCCGCAAGGGCGGCCGUCGACUUUACACCAAGCCCUCAGGCACCACCGACGCCUUCCGUCACAGCAAGGCAGCGUUGA